GCAGAUCUUUCAAAGAUGGGAAAUUCCAAUGAUUCUUUCCGUUUUGUCGAGCCCUGCUUUGGUCUCUGGUUUGAUGGUUGUACGUGCUAAAAAUCCGGUACAUUCCGUUUUGUUUCCCAUCCUAGUCUUUUGCGACACUUCUGGUUUACUUAUUUUGUUAGGUCUCGACUUCUCCGCUAUGAUCUUCCCAGUAGUUCAUAUAGGAGCUAUUGCCGUUUCAUUCCUAUUCGUGGUUAUGAUGUUCAAUAUUCAAAUAGCGGAGAUUCACGAAGAAGUAUUGCGCUAUUUACCAGUGAGUGGUAUUAUUGGACUGAUCUUUUGGUGGGAAAUGUUCUUCAUUUUAGAUAAUGAAACCAUUCCAUUACUACCAACCCACAGAAAUACGACCUCUCUGAAAUAUACGGUUUAUGCCGGAAAGGUACGAAGUUGGACUAAUUUGGAAACAUUGGGCAAUUUACUUUAUACCUACUAUUCCGUCUGGUUUUUGGUUUCUAGUCUGAUUUUAUUAGUAGCUAUGAUUGGGGCUAUAGUACUUACUAUGCAUAGGACUACAAAGGUGAAAAGACAGGAUGUAUUCCGACGAAAUGCCUUGGAUUCUAGGAGGACUACUAUUCAUAUUCAGAACAGAAGGUUCUUCUCCCACAAAGGGGAUGACGCACCUGUCCCCCCCGCUGAUCCGGAAUCCAUUUAAUCUGAUUUGGCAGAGAGAAUAGAAAGGAUUUAUAGGCGGGCCGGGGAGGAGCAAUCUUUAGUAGAAGCCGGGACUACGCCAAGGGAACUUGUAGAUAACGUCCUGCCAGAGGGGGCGGAGCUACCGCUUCUACAAGAAACCUGGGUUCAGUUUGUACGGGACGAGUCACACAGCGAGUUUUGGGUAGAGAUCGAUUCGAUAAUCUGCUAAGGAAAUAUGGGCACGCGGCGCGCGGUGAGCCCGACACCCCCGAUCCCGAUGCUCGAGCCUGAUGCCCCUCAAUCAGGAGGAGGCGACUCAGCGGGGAGCACGGGGGAAGAAAAUUGUCCGGGGGCGGGGAAGGAAAGUAGGAACCUCCGAAGGCCCGCCCGAGUCAAGGAAGCGCAAAAGUUAUUCUGAUUCUGAUUCCGGGGGGGAUGAUGGGAGUGACCCUGCUCCGGAUCCUUCUCCUUUCUUUUGAUUUUGACUAAAAUGAGAGGUGGAGAAAUUGAGUUCUUUUGAGCAGCGUUGUCUGUAGUAGAGUAGCUUUUUUUUUUUUCUUUUACAGAAAGAAGGCGAGGCCCACCUGCCUUCUCUAGGUACUUUACUUGGAAAGGUGUCACCGCCUUCCUUCUUCUCUAGGUACUUUACUUGGAAAGGUAGGUGCGGGAAAGAAGAGCGGGUAUGUGGGCUUCUUUCAAUCGAAACUUUUUUGAAGCCGUCAAACUUUAUCGUUUCAUUAUAGAUGGAUCUAAAACAUUGCGUUGCAGAGUGGAGGCGUGAAGAAGGUUAAGAGAAGCAAGCCAAAGGAAAGAAAAAGCAACUUGAUACAAUAUUGAAGAUAAACACUCAGGAAAGCACUGGGUCAACUGACUCCACUAGCCAGCUUCUGCUUCAGAACUUACUUCAAAGAGGCUGACUUAGCACUUAGCAUAAUGCUUUUGUUCCGGUGCAUAAAAGUAAGUGAGCAGGUGGGUGAGUCCAAAGGUUUUUCCGAAGCGCGAAGGACUUGCAGUUCUAAAAUAGGAAGGGCUCUGUACUCAAAUCAAAGCAAAGUAGUAGUUUCAUAGGUCGUUGUGCUAGAGCUAAGAUUUAUAUGAAAGUGUGAGGGGAAGCCAUUUCCAGCUUCUACUUUCUGCGAACCGGGCUCAUUACCGGCCUACAGUAGCAUUCUACUGUGAGCUUUCUCACUGCGGAUCGCCUUGAUUCACUGAUCGUUGACAGCUACUCAGGAGAGGUUAUCCUUUGCCAGACUUUGUGUUGAGAUGAGUUCUCCGCUUCCCGAAAAGAUGAUUUUUGUCAAUCAGCGUAGAGUGGUGGAUUAUAAAGUGGUACAGUCCGAAUGGGUUGGUUCAAGCUAGCUGUUCUUACUGAACAGGUGUUUUAGCAUUCUUUUCGAAUUCGAAGUUGCGGGGUGCUUUGGCUUUUCAAAGUUCUCAAAGAGAAUAAAGUAAAGGCGCUACGCGUGGAUCGAAUUAAAGUAACGUAAGGUUUCGUAAGAAACAAUUGAAUAAGCGUAUCAAAGAGAAUGAGGUCUAGCACUCCGAAAUACCAUUGAGAAAGAGCAAUAGAACAAGGUUAGAAUAAGAUCUCCAAAAUGGUUGAUGACUCCCACAACUUGUCAGGCUGCAUUCCCGUGAAAUUGUUUUGGGACAAUUCCAGUUUUACUAUCUAUGCGGUAGCUCAGCCAAGUAAUCUGGUAUCUCACCAUUAAGACGGUUACCUAGCAAGUUCAGCUCUGUGAGGUUCUUGCAUCCUUUAAAUGAAUGUCUCUAGAAUACUCCCAGUCAGAUUGUUAUUGUGCAAUAUGAGUGACUGCAGAGAGUUGGCUUGACAUAUCUCGGCUGGGAUAGAAUAGAACCUGAGAGCUGGUUGGUUUCUGCAGAGAAACUAACAAGAUGCUGCAAUGGCAGCGCUGGCAGAGGCCCACGGAACAUGUUUUCUGCAAGAGAUAUGGAUCGAACACUCGCCCUGUUCCGUAUCCAAUCUGGAAUAUGACCCGUAAGUUUGUUCCCUUCAACGAAAAUUGUGGCAAUAGCUUCUAAAUCUGCAAGUUCUUCAGGGAUAGAGCCUGUGAAGGCAUUGAAGGGACGGACAGAUUUUUGAGCGUAAGCUUCUUGCAGUUACUAAGCUCUUUUGGUAUGCUCCCACUGAGCCCAGCACCUUUGCAAACAGCCGAGUUAGAUUGCCCAGCUCACCGACAGAUGUUGGCAGUUCAGCAUUGAAGUAGUUCUCUGAUAUAUAAAGUUCCUUCUUUUGAGACCACCAAUUGACCAAGGGAUGGUGCCUGUGAACUUGCAUCCGGGGAGUUGAAGAACUUUUAGCAGCUUCAGGUUACCAAUCUCUUCUGGAAUGCUUCCACUAAGACCAUUCUGUCUCUAAAUUAGCAAUUCCUUAUUUUCCAGUUGACCAAUCUCCCUAGGUAUUGGCCCCACCAAACUGUUUGAUGAGAGAUCAAGUGUCAACUGGUUCACCAACGCAGUUAUUCCCGGGAAUAUUUAUCCCGUGAGGUUAUUCUGGCUUGCAUCAAGGUGCUAGAGCCGAGACUGGUUACCAAAAGCAGCUGGUAUCGACCCGUUGAAUGUGUUCAUGUGAAGGUCCAGGAUAUCCUCGAGGAUGAAGGCCAGAUCACGCCCAAUUCGAUCCUUGAAAGACCCAUUGCACUACAGCGGCAGCUCGGGCUCGAGCAACGGCGGGAGAUAAGUCUUCUCUUCAUUCAGCAUUCAGUCUAUCUUCGGAAAGCAGCAAUAAUUGAUGCACGCAGACGAUGGUUAAAUGCUUUCUUGAUUUACUACUAAUAGGUGGUGUCUAGACGCUAGGAAAAAGUGAGGAUUAUAGCUUCUGCCCCAUAGACCAUUCGGAAAGGAGUCUGUCCCUUCGGUCUUAUAUGUUAGUAUAGGUUGGUUCUUCCGAAUGCACAUAAGACCACUGGUCACCCUCAAUCCUUAGCAUUGAACUUGACUGAUUUGGCUAAGAUCUGGGGAACUAGAGCAGUCCCCAGAGGGCACUACACAAGGCAGGAGAGGCAAUAGCGAAGCGAAGCCCUAGUUCAAUCGAGGAUGGAUUCAUUGAGUGGGCGAGGAAGAUGAUUGGUAUGGGAAGAUCGGUCUUUCACUAAUGGAGCAUCUCCACCCUAGCCUUGAAGUUGAACAUCCGGGGAUAUCUAAAUAUUGAACCAGUGAUUAAAAAGAAUGGCAAGACUGCGGUUGAAGUCCCAGCUGGAAAUCCAAAUUGCUCGAACACAAAAAAUCUAGACAAAGGAAAGAAACCUGGUUUGCAUAUUUUCGUAUAUGCCCAACUAAUCUAUCGCAUAGGAAGAUCGCCCCUGUAAGUUUAUUUCACACAUUAUGUUACUUUGUUUAUGGUGUGGAAAUAAAUAUCAAUAUUCUAACUUGCCGCUUUCUAUGGAUGCAUCCUCUACUCUAGUGCUUACCUGUCCUACUUUCUUUAAUUCAUUCCUAUUUCCUCUCCUGUACUUAUAUUUAUCUUGCCUGCGGCAGUUUUGUAAUCAAUUUCUACUAGGGAUAGGGAGCGUGAACUUUCUCUCAUCCAGUGAAUGAGUUACCUGAAGAUCGAUGGCAUAUAAAACGCCCUAAUUCAAUAUAAAAUCUGUUAUUUCACUUUCAAAAUGCCCCGUUCGCACUUGCUUGAGUGAGGCGCAAGCCGUUUUCUUGCUAGGCAAGAUAGGUCAACGGAUAGCUUGUUGGUUGAUACGGGACCCCUUCUCAACUUCAUGUGUUUUGUAACUGCCAUAAAGCAAGGCCAUAGUCCAACAUUCCAUCCUUUUCCACCGCUGUAUUGGCUUCUGCUUCUCUUCCUUUUGCCGAGGAAGAUCUGCUUCUCUUGCAUCCUCCAGUCUUAAAUUCCUAUCCGUACUAGACUAGACCUUCCCUUAGCCAUCAACCUACCGAACCCAGGAAUGAGAUCCACAAGGAAAGAGAUUGGCAGAAAUCCAGAAAGAAUGAUGCACAAGAAAUGGUUAGAACCUCGAGAAUAGAUGCGAAUAGCAGCUCAGAUCAGAUCCGAGAUGGAGCAGCAAUAAAGCAAAGAGGAGCAGAAAGGUUCGAAUCGAAUCGCAAGCAGCUGACUAGAGAGAGAUGAGUUGAGAAAUAAAGACUAUCCAAAUAUUGGAUAAGUUGUUUCGUAAUUCAUCUUUGUCAUUGACUUCGGCCUCUCAUUUAUCCUUAUUUGGUAGCUGAGAAGUGAAGCACAACAAAGUUUUAAUAGAUCUCUUCCUGUCAUUCAAUAACCAUCCUUUAUUUUUGCAGUAUAGAGAAGUGAUUAGCCGGUGCCCAGGAUAAGGUAGUGGAACUGGUGCGUAUCAGGUUUGGCAUUAGCUCUUUUGAAUAAUAGAGCUGAGCAGCUAAGAACAGAUAGCAAUCUGGAACAGCUCUGAAAUGCAAAUAAAAUGAUGAUUGGUCCUAGCUUAUGGGUUGCGAUAAGACAGUUUCGAAGGUUCUAGCCAUCUCAAGGAAGUAUAUAAGUAGCUAUCGGCACCUUUUGAAGAAGGAGGCUCGGUAGCAGAGAUGUUGAGUAAAGUCUAGAUGACACGAACCCUAGCAGAUCUGCUAUAGCAAAGUGGUAAGUUACCAGCGGUGUCGAUAGAAUAGAAGAGAAGCAUCAGAGCGAGCGUUAUAGAUCAGUCAGCAUUAGCGACAUCAAUUCUGCUACAGUUUUGUUAAAGAAAGGUGAAUACAUUCUAAAAAGUCUAAAACUCAUCUUAUUUCUUAAAGAGCAUAUAACAACAAACGAUUUCACUUACAAGGGGGUGCAGCUGCAGGAACUGGGUGCUGUGCCGCCCGCUGCCUACUUAAUGUUUCGCUUGCCUUCUACACUUCUGCAAUGGGAGUCACCACAUGAGAUGCUAUUUUUCACCUUUCGCUAUUAUUCGCUCUUGCGUGUCUUUGGAGCCCGAUCUUUCCCUUGCUUACGCCCCUAGAAACUCCGUGAAAAAACCACCUCGUUUUUCCAUAAAUAAAGGAUUCCUAAUAAAGUUUUUACAUAUCAUAUCCCAGCGGUAUUUUUUUAAUAAUUUUUGCAUAAAUAAAGUAUAAUUUCCACAAAAUAACACUUUUAGGCGCCCACUUGAAAUUCAACUUAACGUUGGACGUUGACCAGGCCCUCUCUAUUGCCAGAAUUGGGGACUGGCUCUUCUCCACAACUAGAAAACACAGAACUGCCAGAGGUUUGGUCAUAACCAGCACGCACCCUCGCCAAUUUCGUUCUAAGCUCAAUCCAAGAUUGUGAUCGGGUUGCCUUUCGAUAUAACUUGGUUCAAGCUUGGAUCCAGUGGAUAGAUACUUUAAACGAUGGUAGGAACGGGAGCUACCCUGGAUCACUUGAGGAAGUAAGAACGCAAGUCUCUCAGUUGAAAUUAGAUCGUUCCAGGAUAAUAGCUGAAGCGGCUGAGAACUCCCAAAGAGAAGAGAACCAGCUUAAGGAGCAGGUAUCCGGAGUAUCAGCAAGCUAUAAAUAGCUUUAGGAUUGUAUGAAUAGAGUUGAGGAUCAAGUAUCCCUCAUAUUUAGAUCCCCCGUUGGGAAAAGCCCCUUUUUUAAAUCCUUUCACGCUUUCCCUUUGCCGAAGGCCGGCCUCUUUAGUUCCUACGUUUUCGGAAAAGAAGGUGAGACGCUAGCUAGCAACGGGAAAAAACGAGUAGUUAAAGAUGUGAAUGUAAGACUACUCGAAAGUACUUCCAUUUUUAUUAUAUUAUAUAGUUUCUAAUAGAGAGUACAGUUGUAUCUAUGUGCGAAACGACGAAAGAAAGAUGGAAGGCCCAAAGAGCUCUACAGUAGUGCCCCGGAAUGGGGUCGUAGAGCCGGUAACCCACUCUGUUUAGUAUUUUGAUUUCGUUCAAGGUGUUGCUCUGUCAAAUAGAGAUUGUGUGGGUGUUCAGUCUACCACUCAUGUUCACGUUCUACAAAUCUAAGGGAGUGCUCCUAGACUGGACGACUUCCCGUAAAUAACCUAGUUCAUGUUCCUUUGAAAGAAAUAAAAUGAAAGCUUUUGAAGCGAAGAUGUCAACGCGGUGCUAGGUUUGCGCCGGCCACGAUUAUUUAUAAGUAUAUUGGAAAGAAGAGUGACUAGGCUACGGUCUAACUUUUUCUUCCUAGCGGAGUUCAAUACGAAAAUAAAGGCGCUCCGCGUUGGGAAUGGCGUACGUAGUACGGGUGGUAUUUCCGGUAUAACUGAUCAGGGUUGUUCUGAAAGCAAGUCAAUUGGUGCUUUGGAAAGUGAGUGCCAGAGGCUAGUCACUGCUUGGUUUACAGAAGGGAAGGAAGAAAGAGAUACCGAAGCAGAUUCAGUAUAGAAAAGAAGAAAUUGAUACCAUUCAUUCCAGCUUAUUUGAUACCCACUUAAAGUUUCUAUCAAACCAUGUCUUUUUCUUCGAACGUCAAUCUCGUAGGAAUUUAGAUUGGAAGUGUGGUAUUGAAGGGCGAAGCCUUUACUCUUUUACUUGUUUCUUUGAAUAUAAUAUAACAUAGUAUUGACUACGCACUUCGAAAGAUAAUGGUGUAUUCCGAGGAUCAGUCCGUUUUUUAUUGAAUUCGCAAAUUGAUAGAUCUGGAUGAUUAAAAGAAUGAUUCUUCCCUGGGUAUUUCCCCGCUACCAUUAUGGAAAUUGGAGCUUUUCAAUUCCAUUUUGGAGAUGCUCGUAACGAUUUUUUUCUUUUGGGUGGGCAAGAAAAGGAUUUGACUCUUGAAGAUAUCAACUCAUACGCCUGCUCCAUACAUUAAAAAACAUUUUGGGUACUUUCUAUUAGAAUGGAUAAAUAGAAAUGGGUACAUUCCUCUUUCUCUUUCCUGGCCAAACUACCAAAAAAAA